CAGAGCAAAGGUAUCUGUUAUUGGGUUUGGCUCAUUUGAGUGAAGAGGCCAAUUGUCCACAUUUCCAAGGCCACAACGCACUCAAGCAACGACACAGGCCUGCAUCGGGGGGUUGGUGUAACGUUGGCAAAGGAGGAGGAAGCACAACUGAAACCGCCAUGGAAGCACCUACUGGAGGACCUCCCGUUAUCGUAGACGACCACCCCGACGAUAGUGGUGAACUCAGUGAACAGGUCAACAUGGCAGAAGGAAAAAAAAAGUUUCUGAUGGGCCACAUAGAUGAAAUUAUACAAAAGAUACGAAAUCCCAUUGAACUGGCUGAUGCUCUGCUAAGGAAAAGACAUAUUCACAAUGAAAUGUAUGAAACUAUCAAUAAAAAGGCAACCAAGCAAGAUAAAACCCGUAAAAUUUUUGACUGUCUCAAUAGCACAGUUCACUAUGACGUCGUCUAUUAUUGGCUGAUGGAGAAUGAAUCAGACAUGUUUGAAGAACUGGAAAACAGGGACCCCGAGGGACCACAGAAAAAACGCGCAAAACUCGAGAAUGUGGAUGAAACGGAUAAUAAUAUUACAAAACGUCCUGAUCUCAAGAUGAUAUCCACCUUCCCCAAACUGGAACAUUGGGUCUCUGACCCCGACAUCAGCCAAAAGCUGCUGUGUGAUUUAAAGAGAAAGCUUACUGAUAAGAGCGUGGUAGAUUUGAAAGAAGAAUUAAAGGACCAAGAACCCAAAAAUUCUUUAUGCUUAAAUGCUGACAAUAUUGAUGAAAUCAGGAAAAAUAAGGAACUUGACACGUUUCUCAGUGCAACAAAGGACGCAAGAUUUCCUAAAAUCACACUUAAAAUGUUUUUUAAGAAAUGUAGAAAUGUUCAAAGUUCCACUGAUCAUAAAAAGUCUGUGGACAAAAUUGAUGUUCAGGAUAUUCAUACUGAUGAGAUGGAAGAGCAGUCUCAAAGAUCAGAUGUGUCAAGGCAUAAAAAUGUUUCUCCUUCUGAGCACCAAAAUGAGCUAUUCACCAAAAACGAAACGUUACUAGAAGAUGGACCUGGAAGAACAGACAUGCAGGAUACACACAUUAGAGAGACAGAUGAGGAACCUCAAAGAUCAUGUCGACCAAACCUGAAGCAAAAUGAGUCAGAAAGAUGUGGAAACAUGCAGCAAAAUGUGCAAGAAAAAAUGGAGGUUGACCCUGAGCAUUUUUCUUCAAAGCAGCUGCCGGAGAGCAACAUAGGCUCAGUUGCAGAUAUUAGUAGUACAGAGAUCUUAGCAAAAUAUACAGACACAGCCACACUAACUACAAACAAAAAGGUUGAAGAUCAGCUUAAAGCUACACAAAUGAGGAAAAAGUCAGAAUCCCUGAGGAAAAAGAAGAAAGAAGGGAAGGAUAAUCUGCUUCGUGACUGGGCAUUGAGACAAUGUAAUGGCUCUAAAGAAGAGUUAAGGAAAACAUUUGACCAGAUUUCAAUCAAAAACAUGGUAGAACACAGUGAUAAACCAUGUUUUAUUGCUGAAAAUGUCAUGGUGUAUAAGGACUCAACUCCUGAGAGCCAAAUUAUCUUUAUUGCCAAUGAUAAUACUUCCAUCAGCACUAAGACCAUGGUCCAUUAUCAAAUGUUUGUGUGUAACAUUAAGAAAGCAACAAUCUUAGGUCCUAAAAAACCUACUGAACAUCAGAUUGAAUAUGAUGAGACCAAAGUGCCUAUAGAUAAGUGUACAAGAUUUGUUUUCGAAGCGUUUGCUCCCAUUCUUGCAAUGUUCAAAAUGAUUCAGAAAGAGAAUUUGUACUCUCUCAUCGGAGUACAGUAAAAAAUCUAAAAACUUGUAAAUGAACACUGUAUCUAUAAUGAAUGCCUAAGGAUGCAAAGCCAUUCUUAAGGUGUAAAAGAGAGAAAUCUAUCAAAGGCAUUACACAAGAAUUGGGUAUAGCAGGUACAUGUUAUGGACAGCUUGGACUAUUCCCUGUCUGAACACUAGGGGGACAUUCUGGCAGGCUUUGUUUGUCUUGUGCCAUGUGCUUUUGUUUUUGUUUUGUGUAUCAUGCUUGUUUUUCCCACCCUAUCCUUUAUCUGUUUCUGCCUCUACAAAACUAUUCCUUGUUUCUCAGUAACUGCCCUCCUUAUAUACACCUGUGUUUUUGUGUAUUGUUCCCUGGUUUUUGUUUUAGAUCAUUUGUUUUCCAUGUGUUUUGUUUUCUUAAUAAAUCCCCUUUACUUUAUCUUUUAUUUGUAACAACAUCCCAUUUUACCAGUGAUAAAUUACUCAUAAGCCAGUUA